AUGUCGAGCUCUGUGCCUGAACCAAUUUACUCUAUUCAAGAGGUCUCAGGUAAGGGAAAAGGACUCAUCGCCACACGAACAAUCCCCAUGGGCACAUGCAUCCUUGCCGAAGAGCCCAUCAUCCCGGAGGUCGCUUCUGAUACAGCAGUCUUGCGAGCAUCUAUACGUAAACAAGUCGAAGCGCUCACUACAAACAAGCGACAAGCCUUUCUCUCCCUGCACAAUAUCUAUGCCAACGACGCUACUCGCCGCACCUAG